AAAUGUGUCAUUUUUUCUUGUUCUCUUUUCCUUUCUGAUAUGAAUUAGUAGUUGCUUCCAAUUACAACUCUUUGAGAUUUUAACUAAUUUUAUUUUUAGAGAGAGAUUUUAAUAGAAACAAUUAAAAAGGAAAAGUGAAUAUAGCAUAUUUGUAGCUUGAUCUUGAUUAUCAUCCUGAUCUGCUUAUUCUGGCUGUCUUUCUCAGUCAGACACAUUUACACAUUCAAUUGUUUUCUAUUAAGUAAAUGCUAAAAUGCAUCUACAGAUAAAACCAGCGAGAAUAAGCAAAUUAGGACAUUCAAUGAUGAUCAAGCUUCAUCACCUAGUAGAACUGACUUAAACAUGUUUGACAACUGCAAUUGUAGAUCCAUAAAAUAACUGACCCAGCUUCAGAAAUUGAAAUAAAUCAGGGAAAUAAUGUAAAUCAGAUAAAUAAUAUUGACUGCUCCAGAUGGCUAUCAGCUGAAUAGGCAUAUUAACGAUAAACGUAUUGCAAACUUUGAAUUAUUAAAUAAAAUCUUCCUCAUAUUUUUACAGCUUUUAUGGUUCAAUCUAUUUGAUCUAUUUUAAAUGCAUUACCAUGUCAUAAAAGGAAUAUUAAAAUUUUAACACAAAAGACACUAAAAAUCCUCAAAUAUACCAUAUAAUAUGCACUAAAACACCCUCAAAUAUGAAUAUUAUAUGCACUAUAAAUUCCUUAGAUAUGCUAUAUAAUCUGCACUAAAAAUAUUUAAAUAUGCAGGAUGAACGUUAGACAUCACCCAUCUAAUAAUUAACGUUUUUUUAAUCCAGACAUAUUUUUUUGGUCUAAUACAUAUUCAUUUUGAAAGGAAAUACAACAGAAAAAAUUCAUUCAAGAAUUGAGCUUAUGUUCAUGAUCUGAAUUAAAAUUGACAGUGAUAUAGAUUUCAAAGUUAGUUUCUGUAAAUCUCUCAAAAAAUACUUAUACCUUGAAAAAAAACUUUCCAACAUGAACAGAGGUAAAAGGAGCAUAUUUAUAAAAUAAUUGGAUAGUAGAUUCUCUAUAUAAUAAAUUAGUUGUUUCCAUUUAAGAUUUCAAAGAUUUACUCUAGUCAGUUCAGUAGUUUUGUCAAGAAUGUUUUUUAAUUUCUUUUGUAAAUAAUUCCUGCUUAGCCGGGGAUUUAUGUUUUGCAUUGAAAGGAAAAAUCCAGCUUGCUUUUUUAGAAGAAAUUGAAGUUUACAAUUUUGGCUUCUUUUUAAGUUUUGCUAGGCUGGAAAUUAGGACUGACGCUGACUAUUUUUGUGUUUCAAAUGAGGUCCCUAUGUUGUUAGUUGGCUAGUUUAUUUUUAUUUUUCCAAAUAAUCAAAAAGUUUCAAAUUUAUGAUAUUCUUCAAACAUGAAAAUUUAUGCCAUAUUUUUAACUAAGCAAAAAUACGCAGAAUGAAAUUUGAACCACCAUACUAUAGAGGUAUGAUUCAGAUAAAUAUUUGAUCAUCGUGAUCAUAAAUGCUAGCAAAAAGAAAAUGCAAUUGCAUACAAAUCCAGGCUCUAAUUAUAAGUGAUUAUAAAGGUACGUUUACAUCUGACACUUUUGUCCCUAAAUAUAUGCCAAGUAUCAGACAGAAAAUCGCUUUGACUGUUUACAUAUUGAUAGAAAUUUACAUCAUGGAUAUGUAUACACCAGUUCUCAAAAUGUACAUACAAGAUACAUUUUUGUGUCCUCUUUCGUUCUGCAUGCAGUUGAUUUUAUCUCAUAUGAUGAAAGCAUCGAAAUGCAAAAUUGUGGUCUGUGUAAUCAUUCUAAAGAUUUAAAGGAUGAAAAAAUGUUCUGUAUGGGUUUGAUAGUUGGUUUUGAGGCGUGAAAAAGUCAGUGCCUACAAUCAAUUAAUGUCUAAACUCAGCAUUCAGUUUUUGAACUUCUGAAGAAUGAAACCUGCUGAUUUUGAACAGUUUUCUUGUAAAAUUGGUCCCCUUAUAUCAAAGCAAGAGACCAAAUUCAGAAAAACUAUUGGUGUAACAGAACAACUUGCUGUAACUUUGUGAUUUGUAGCAUCUGGUAAGUAGAUAUUAAUAUUAAAUAAAAAUUGUAAUUUUUUUUUUUAAGAUUUAAACCACUCUUUUUUAUCACUCUGUUUACGGACCUUAUUGCAAUGGCAGAAAAGUAAACGAAUGACCAACUUUCGACAAGUGUCGAACAAGGUUGAACUUGCAACUAACUGAUGUUUACUUGCAUUGGUAUAGAAGUGUCGACACAUAUAGCUAGUGGCUGAAAUAUUCUAAAAAUUCUUUCCUCUUCACAUUAGCUAUGAUGUUUUCUGAACAUAAAUAUCAUGCAAUAACUGUCAGAUGUAAACAUACCUUAAGUUAUGUUACUUGUCUUGACAAUUAAUUUAAAAUAGAACUUACAGAUAAAUCAAAUUGUAAUUACAGGACAUCAUACAUUAAAGUAUUGCUUUGUAAAAACUAAAUCAAGAAUAGAACAAUGCCAGCUUUAUAAAUUAAAAUAAAAAGAGGUGAAAUAAUUGUGCACAGUUUUCAAUAUUACUAUUUAAAAACAAUGCUUAGUGUUUUUUAAAAUAAAUGUAUUCAAUACUCCAGAUGGUUAUUGGCUGAACCAUACUAAUUUGUUCCCUUUCAUAAAAGUCAAAUUGAACAUUUUUACAUAAUUAAAAUUGAUUGUAAACUUUCAAGGCAUUUAUAAUAUACCAUUUUUGCUAUUUCUAAUAAAAUAUCAUUGGUCUUCAAAUAAAAGAGGAACAUAGAAUUAGUGGGAGAUGGCGUUGUAGUAGUUUUAUCAUUCCGUUCAAAAUCGCUUAUCAUUUUGUUUUUCGUUUUGUAUUUGGUUUCUUUGUCCGAGCUUUAUAUUUUCAUUUAUUUACCAUGCAUAUUUCCGUCCGACAAAAUAAAAUAAAAUGAUCCUCGUGAUUUCGAUUUUUUUUGUUUCUACAACACAUAGAAUGUUGAUUUUAUUUAAACAUAGCAAACAUUCUCUGAUUACGAGCUGAUAAAGACAUUUCACCACUUUAGACACUUGAGGAGUUUUGUGUAUAACUUUAUUGAUGUUAAGAACAAAAAAGAUUGGGGAAAAUGCAGGGAGCGAGGAGAGUGAUAUUUUUUUGUAUAAUGGUCGUAUUUCUGCCAAUUGUUUUGAUAUUGACGCCCCUUUACCUUAGGCAUAAUCUGUUUUCUGAUAUUAAAUAUCCCGUCGCUGAAUCUGACAUCAUCGAAAUGGUCAAUGGCAUUUCUUCAGUUUUCUGUCAGGAACACACAUUAAAAAUGAAUACACCGUUUAAUGCCUUCCAAGCAAAAGGAAAGCCAGUGAUGUCGACAACAGUUAAAAAACAUAUACAAUUAAAAAAGAGUAUGUCUCUGCCUGAUGACACAUUGGAAUAUUGGGGAUUUUUCUUGCCAAAAAGUUCAAAAGUAUAUCUCUCAAUGUGUUCAAGGCAAGAGGGGUCUGCCAUUCUUAUUGUAAAAGGUGAAAAGACCCUAAGAGAUUGUGGCCUAUUGCAGCCAACAAAACUAGGGGGGCAUUUUUCAGCAGAUCAAGGAAGUAUAGUUGUGAAAUAUGUGAAUGCUGAUGUAGUUGAGCAAGUUCAAAGUAAAAGCUCUGGUGAAGAGGUUGUUGAUGAUUAUGAGACUAAUAGUACACAUAACCGCAAACUACCAAAGGACCUAAAGAGUAGGCAGAAGGCAUUAGAAUUGGAAUUAAACGGAGAUAAACUUCAAAGAGAAAAGCGCCAGAUACCAACCAAUUUGUUGGAUGGAGGUAUUGCACAUGGAGGAAAUGCUGUAAACAACACUGAAAACAAUGAGUCUUCGAUGUCCAGUUUUGAAAAUACCCUGCUUACAUGUUAUACUAGUGAAGAAAUUCUUCUUUCCAAAAAGUUUCCCCAUUCAAGCCAAUGCACGGCAACCAGCUAUUUAGAAACUGGUACACACAUGAAAACUACACACGAAAUUGCAUCUGAUGGCUAUUAUUACUACAUAUUUUAUAGUGAUAACGAUUGGAGUCAAAAUGAUAUAUAUGCCAUAUUUGAUAUAUACAAACCGACUUACCAGUACGGUAAUUAUACCAUUGGCUGUAUUAACCAAACAAAUUGCAGUUUUCCUGUUGAGUUUUGGUCAGACGAUAUCAUAGUUGUUGAAGUACCAACAAGGAAUGGAAUUGAAAAUGAAAAUGAUGAUAUUACUAUUUUAACAUCGAUAUGCCAUCCUCGAACAGUUAUAUAUGCCAUUUUUCCAAUAUCUGUUCUAUUUAUCAUUGUUAUGUGUGCUUUUCAGUAAUGGUUCUAAAAAAUACUUCCAUAUUGAUAAUAAUUCAACAAAUAUAGACUGAAAAAUGUGGAACUUUAAAUUAGUAUAACAAGACUGGACUUUUUGUAAUAUUGCUCUAAAUGAUAUAUACUGGUAGAGGAACCUUGACAAUCAUUCAAAAUAGUACAAUUUGUUUGUAAUAAUAGUAUUAUUUAAGAAUAUGUCAAAGGACAAUCAGCUAAUAGUGAAGAAAACAUAUGUUUGUAACAACUAAACAGUUUGUAAUAUAUUUUAGCAAUACUACAGAUUUAUGUGUUUAACAAACAAAUUUAUGAAUCAAAUUAAAAUGUUUUAACUUAAUAAUUUGAGUGAUGGGAAUUGUUUUGAAGUUCUUUUACUAAAAUUGUAACUUGUGUGUUGUGCUCAAUUGAAGGAAAAGACAGAAAUAAUGUAUGGAAAUUUGUUUUUUGUUUUUGUUUGUAUAAUUUCACUAUUUUAUGAGGUUGUACCGUGUAACUCUUUGGCUGUGAUUACUGUAAUGUAGCAUAAAUAAUAAUUUAAUUUUUUAUGUGAGUGGCAAUUCAAGUAUUUUAAUUGUACAAUCCUUCAAUACAAAUUUGAAAU